AUGUCUAUCGUUCCGUACAACCCGAACAAUGACAUUUUGUAUCACAACCCCAAUGACGGCAUUCUCAUCCUACAUGACACCGAGGAGAAUUCCAUUCAAUUGCUCUCCACUGAAGAGGAAGAUGGCCCCCAAUUCAGAACAAGAUCAGGAUCCAACGAAUUUGACCCUAAACGAUUUCCAUCCUUCGGCGAAAAGGCAGAUUCCAUAAGAUGCCCCAGCUGUGGUUUCACGUGGGAUCAAUUUGAGACCAGAAAUUCAAGACGAAAGAGUUCAGUAGGAGCGCAAGCAAUUCCUAGCGCAACCAAAAUAAAGGACUUUAUAUCGUCAUACACGAAGCCAUACAUGCGCACUGACUACUUCAAAUUGUUGUCGCAAAUUCCGUACUCUAAGGAGGGGGAGGGAAAGAGGACCAGCACUAAAGGAAUCCCCUCGGGAAUAUUCAACCAGGGUUACUUUCAGAAAUUCUUCAGGAAGGUUGGCCGAAAUCCAUUAGGGUCUGGAGCCCGAGCUCAAGUGUAUAAAGUGGAACAUGUAUUCAAUGAUAUUGUAUUGGGGACAUUUGCUGUGAAGAGGAUAAGCGUCGGCGAUAAACUUCAACAGCUAGAACAGGUUUUGAACGAGGUACUAAUAUUGUACGAGCUAUCUGCAAAGAGUGAUGGGGAAAACAACUUGAUUCGCUACAAUCAUGUCUGGUUGGAGUUGGGGGACUUGGAAGACCUGAGCUCGUACUUUCUACUGGCUGAUCCUCUGGACCCUAAGGGCUCUCAAAAAGUUCCAUACAUGUUUAUUUUACAGCAAUACUGCGAUGGCGGACAUCUCGAAGGUAUUAUUGAGGAGAACUUCCCAUUGGAGGAGAGUAUGAGCUAUGCAGAUAAAGUCAAGUUGGAGAAGAAGCGACGAAAAUUGCAAAAAUUGGGAAAGGAGCAAGAGGAGGAACAUGCAUGGCUAUCCAACUUUGAAAUUUGGAAGUUUUUUCAUGAUAUCGCCAAUGGAGUAAAUUAUUUGCACAAGAAUGGUAUUCUACACCGAGACUUGAAGCCAUCAAACUGUUUAGCAGAACUGAGAUACCAUCCAACCGAGCUACCGCAAAUUUUUGAAACCAUUGAACUGUUUGAAGAAAAGGUGUUUGAGUUGCCGAGAAUUCUAGUAUCCGAUUUCGGCGAAGGAAAAUUCACAGACAAACACAAGAACACAGGAUUAAGAAAUGUAAGUAAUAGGGAAGGCAAUACAGGUACCUUGGAAUUCACUGCACCUGAGUUGUGGGUUUGUUCGAAUGAUAGCCGAUUUAUAAACGAGUUUUCUUACGAGAGUGAUGUAUAUUCAUUAGGGUUGAUACUUUGUUACUUAUGCCUCGGAACUUUGCCAUUUGCAGAUUUAAUAAAAGGUGAAGUAGACCCUGAUGUGUCAAGAAGAAAGAUCCAGUCUUGGUAUACGUCUCUCUCAUAUGAGACUUUUGGUGCAUGGUUUGAGGACACCUUGAAUAGGAGAAAAAGGGCCAUGGAUAACUGCAUGUCGGACUUCAAGCUAUUGAUUUAUGACAUGAUCAAGGGUGAUACACAAGAUAACACUGGCGACAUUAUAAGAAUGAGUACAAAAGACGUGCUUGUAUUUUUAAAUGAUAUCAAAUGGAAAAGGUUCAUCGAAGCAACUUCAGAAGAAAAAGUUAAAAGACCGGGAUCAAAAUUGUCAAACACUGAAGAGCUUGCUUUAUAUCAACCUGGCCAUCCGAGAAACCAAUCGAUUAGAGAGUCUUCCGAUGCCGAGGAGGAGGAGGAGGAGGAUUUGGAGUACGAAAAGGAGAAUGAGACAGAUCAUUUGAAUUUAACGGAGGAAGAAUUUGAGCCUCAGCCUAUGCCACUAUUAGACUACAAGCUCAAGCUGGCCAGAAAUACAUCCACACUACCUCGUAGUGCGACAUUGCCGCUUUACAGCGUCGAGCUUUUGUUGUUAGAGUACUUGUCAUUGUACUCCCCACACUUUUCCCAGACUGUUUUGAAAGUUGCAAUAUAUGUCACAAUCACGUUGGACCUCAUUUUGGAAAAAUACACCACCAUCAGAUCUAGCUUACUUGCUUUGACAUUUAUUUCACUAUGUGUAGUUUUAGUAUAUACCAUAGGCGGGGGACACACAUGA